AUGUUCUCCCCCCACCAAGAGAAUAUAAGAGAGAGAGAGCAGGGCAGAAGGGAUCUCCUCACGGACCCAGACCAGGGCACGGACCCAGACCAGGGCACAGCUCCAGACCAGGGCACAGCUCCAGACCAGGGCACAGCUCCAGACCAGGGCACAGCUCCAGACCAGGGCACAGCUCCAGACCAGGGCAGCAAGUGGAACAAGGCCGAGACAGGUCUUCGCUCCGAGGUUGUGAGGAUCGGCACAAAGACAUUAUCGGACCAGUCAGUGAUGAUUUAUGUGCGGUCAAAGCUGCGGGAUCUGUUCUCCUCUUGUAUCCACUCUCUGCUGCUGCUCAGUUCGGCAGAGUCCAUUCCCAAACCGCCCUCAUCACCGCGGGCCCCAGACGGUGAGCUCGAACCGGAGGAAACCCCGUGGAGGAUCUCCUUCUGUGGGACGGGCGCGCGCGUCACCGUCCGGAGCGCAGAGGGGGCGGGGCUACGGGGGAGGUGA